CCACUUUGUCCAUGCGCGGCACAGUGUAUUUAGCGAAUGCGGUAGCAAAGCUCAAAAUUCCCUAGAAAAAAUCAUCUAGCACAUGCAUUAACACACUUGGGCGGGGAACGAAGACUCUGUGAGGUCAGAUUUGGCAUAAUACGGAGAAAGAAUUCGAGACAGUAGAUCAGGGCAAACAUGGCUGGGAUUUUGUUUGAGGAUAUAUUUGACGUGAAAGACUGCGAUCCAGACGGAAAGAAGUUUGACAGAGUGUCUCGACUACACUGUGAAAGUGAGUCAUUCAAAAUGGACCUUAUUUUGGAUGUGAACAUUCAGAUUUAUCCUGUAGAACUUGGUGACAAGUUCCGAUUGGUCAUUGCUAGCACAUUAUAUGAAGAUGGAACUCCCGAUGACGGGGAAUACAAUCCUCAGGAUGACCGGCCAUCUAGAGUGGAUCAAUUUGACUAUGUGAUGUACGGGAAGGUUUAUAAGAUUGAGGGUGACGAGACCUCGACAGAAGCAGCCACACGCCUCUCUGCUUACGUAUCUUAUGGAGGUCUCCUCAUGAGGCUACAAGGUGAUGCCAACAACCUUCAUGGGUUUGAGGUAGACUCUAGGGUGUUCCUCCUCAUGAAGAAACUGGCCUUCUAAAAAACCCCUCGCACCCAUCACCAGUGUUUUUUCACUGCCAGUCUAACCAUGCGAUGAUGCUGAGCUGAAAACCGAUACAGCAAUACUCCAAAUUAUAUGGAACGAAAUCAACUCCAAGCAAUUUUACAAAUGAUGUGGAGACUGUAGAAUAUGUAUUUUACUAUUUCUUUUUAUUUUUGUUAUAAAAAGACCCAUCCAAACAUAUGGACUACGACUGUGAUAGUGAAGAAGUUUGGCAAUACCCAUCUGCUCACAACUUGUGUAAAUAAAGAUCCUUUUUG